UUGGAUCGAAAUCAAUUGGAAGCUAAAAACUGCUCCAGAACGCAAAUAUUUAGAUAAGUAAAUAUGUGAUGAUGUACUAACCAUCGUAGAUGCACACAGAUACAUCCCAGGAUACAUCCCCCGAUGAGAUAAGCACCCCCAUUCAUUUCAACAUCUUCGAGUGUCGUACAGCGAGAACCCCACCGUCAUGGAGAAGAAUGAGAGGGCACAAAAGCCCCCAAAGAAGAAGGCCGCAACGAUCUUGAGUGGAAUCGAAGAAGUACCACCGCCAGAGGCAGCCCCAAAUCCAACGACAGCCGGUGGAAGGGCAAGGGGAACCUGCCCCUGUCCCCCGGCUAGUGGUGGGACCAUUGCGGCUUUGGUGAGCGGUUUGCACCACUCGGGGGCACGUGGCUUCCAGUCGCUGCACCAGCCACUGCUCGAAUGCGAGGAGCGGGCCCUGGCCAUCAAGCAACACCUCAGAGGGCAUCGGGGCCAUGGAAUUGAGGCGUCUCCCCACGAGUCCAUGCCGCGAUUUAUAGUCGAUAUCGAGGAGGAGCCAUCGGAGUCGUCGCAGAGUAUUGGAGGGCAGGAACACCAGGAUCAGGAACACCCAGAGCAAGAGCAUAGUGGCGGUGGCGGUGGCGCUGGCGGUGGUGGUGCCGGCGCGAGCUCCUCUCGACGCUUCAGUCACUUCAAUCUGGCCCUUCGUCGUUUCUCCCACAUCCAUGUCCAUAACAUAAAUCGCUACGGAGAAUCCAUGGGUUCGCUGGGACAUCGCGCCUUGCUGCAGUUCAUCGAUAAUAAUGAUAUCUCCGGGCUGCGCGCCAUCCUUGACAGCCGGCAUCUAAAAAUCGAUGAUCGGGAUGAGAAUGCCACCACCGUGCUGAUGGUUGUGCCCGCGGGUCUCACAGCAUUCGUUCAGGAAUUCCUGGCACGCGGCGCCGAUGUCCAGGCCGAGGAUCUGGACUGCUGGACCGCUCUGCUGUGUGCCUCCCGCAAUGGGCAUUUUGAUGUCGUCCAACUUCUACUGGAUCAUGGCGCUGAGGUCGAGCAUCGCGAUAUGGGGGGCUGGACGAGUCUGAUGUGGGCCGCCUAUCGGGGGCACACUGAACUGGUGCGGCUGCUGCUGGAAAAGGGGGCCGAUGGCAAUGCGCAUGGCAAUUACCACUUGGGGGCCCUGCUCUGGGCAGCGGGACGGGGCUUCAAGGACAUUGUGGAGCUACUGGUGCAGCGCGGUGCCAAGGUGAAUGUCGGCGACAAGUACGGAACCACAGCCCUCGUCUGGGCCUGUCGACGGGGCAACGUUGAGAUCGUGGACACUCUGCUGAAGGCCGGUGCCAAUGUCGACACUGCUGGGAUGUACUCGUGGACUCCACUGUUGGUGGCAGCUGCCGGUGGACACACUGACUGCGUGAGUUCCAUUCUGGAGAAGAAGCCGAAUGUGAAUGCACUGGAUAAGGAUGGAAUGACGGCCCUGUGCAUCGCCAGUCGUGAGGGACUGGCCAUCUACACGGCCGUGGAGAAGGGCCACAUCCAGAUCGUGAAGCUGCUGCUAUCCACGAACCCCGACAUGGAGUCGUCCACCAAAGACGGCGACACACCGCUCAUGCGUGCCGUGCGCAAUCGCAAUCUGGAGAUAGUCCACAUGCUGCCUGACCGCAAGGCCAAGGUGAUUGCCGCCGAUAAGCGCGGCGACACCUGUCUGCACAUAGCCAUGCGGGCGCGCAGCAAGGCGAUAGUGAAGGCGCUCCUGCGCAAUCCCAAGCACAGCCAGCUCCUGUAUCGGGCGAACAAGGCGGGCGAGACGCCCUAUAACAUCGACAACCUGCACCAGAAGACGAUACUCGGCCAGGUGUUUGGGGCCAGGCGUCUCAACACCAACGAGGACUCCGAGGGCAUGCUGGGCUACGAGCUGUACUCCUCCGCCUUGGCAGAUGUGCUCAGCGAGCCCACGCUGACGACGCCCAUCACCGUCGGACUCUACGCCAAGUGGGGCAGCGGCAAGAGUUUCCUGCUCAACAAACAGCGCGACGAGAUGAACAACUUUGCCAAACAGUGGGCCGAGCCGCCAGCCAAAACCAGCGGCCUCCUGUUCAUCGUGUGUCUGCACGUGGCGUUGCUCAUCGGCACCAUUGUCGGGCUGUGCACCUGGUCGACGGUCUGCGGCGUGUCAUCCGCCGCAGCCUUCAUGCUGGUGGCCUGCCUGUUGCUGGCGGCUGUUAAAUACUGCAACUACCAGAUGGACAUGCUCUGGGCCUAUUCCGUGCAGCAUGGUCUGGAGAAGCGAAUGACACGUCUGCGCCUCAUCCUGCAGGUGGCAUUCUGCCACCCGCCUGGCCCCCAGUCCGACUCCCAAGCCAAGCCGGUGCGCUUCCACUUUGCGGAGGCCAACAGUGCAUCGCCGACGGGCGACGGAGCCGUGGCCCACAUGCUGGCGGCCCUACUGGGUGCCUUGGAGUCACACUACGGCUGGCUGGCCACCCGCCUGUACCGCGCCUUCCGCCCCAAGUGCCUCAAGGCGGACGUGGGCUGGCGCUGGCGGCGCAUGUGCUGCAUUCCCAUUGUCGUAAUCUUCGAACUGGCGCUGGUCACCCUGGUAACUGGCAUCUCUCUAAUCGUGGCCUACUUCACGUACGCCAAUGCCAAGGAGCGGGAGCAGAUCCAGGUGGUGCUCUAUGUGGUGGCCGCCAUUCUGGGCACCCUCAUCUGCACGCACCUGCAUGUUCUGGCCAAGGUAUGCGUCGCCCUGUUCACCUCCCACAUCCGGCAGCUGAAGGGAGCGGUGCGCACCAGCGAAACGGCACCCCUGACGAUGCUCGGCGCCGAGGUUGCGGUGAUGACGGACAUGGUCAAGUGCCUGGACUCGUUCACCAAUCAGCAGAGCCGGCUGGUGGGCGUGAUCGAUGCCCUCGACUCGUGCGACACGGAACGCAUCCUCACCCUGCUGAACGCCGUCCAGACGCUGCUCUCCACGCCGAACCGUCCCUUUGUGCUGCUCAUCUCGGUGGAUCCCCAUGUAAUUGCCAAGGCGGCGGAGGCCAACAGUCGACGCCUGUUCACCGAGGGUGGCAUCGGGGGCCAAGACUUCCUGCGGAACCUGGACCAUCUGCCCGUCUACCUGCAAAACUCCGGGCUGCGCAAGGUGCAGCGAGCCCAGAUGACCGCCCUGCUGUUCAAACGGACCUGCUGAAAACUAAAUAGAAUAAGGCGGAUCGGAACGUUUGGUGGGCCAGAGGCAACAUUUAUAUAUGAUGCUACCCCAUUCGGGGCGCCGACAGUUCAUUUAAGGCGCCUUUGCGCCUAUCUCUUCAAUCGAUAUCGAAAUCGGCCUUCAAAACGGAACUAAACGGCGA